ACCAUCAACCCAGAGCUGUAGUGACCAAACAAGUCCCCAGAUGCACAGGAAUAUAUAGGCUCAUUCAUUCAUGGUAUUGAUUAACAAAGUGACGUGCUCCGUACAGCUUGAGAAACCUCCUCAGAGCCCCGAUUAACAGAUUGGGGGACGGGAGUUCAAGAAAUUGUCGAGACAAACUAAAUAAAAAUCUCCAGCUCAACGGGGUAAAAAACCGCUUGCAAAGUCUCUACUCGUGAAUCACACUUUCGAGUUGUUGAGUUCACGUUUUGGGGUUGCACUCAUACGUCAACCACGAUCCCUGGCAAGUUAAAUGGAAAAUCCUUCACCAACUAACCCCACACACUCCAAUUCAUGCCAGCUACUCGAAGACUAGUUUACACCAUCGGUGUCCUAACCAGGCGUGUUUGGACAGAGGUUGUGAAGAGGGGACCUACUUUACAGCAGAUCGGCUGUCUCAGACGACGUUAACUAUCCAGCAGCCACAUAUGGUAACAGGCGGUUAUUUAUAUGCCAUCAGCUCCCGAUCUUAUGAAAGCGUCACUGAAAAUCGACUCGGCGUCAAGACUGCUAGUUGAAGCUAGCUGAAACUUGUCGGGUUUAGGAGUAACGGUGACUUUUAUGGCUCACCGAGUCUUGGGCCUGUCGGUAGUUAUGUCAAAUAGCGGCCACUGGGUCCAACACUUCGACCUAAUAGCACUUGGGUUAGAAACUCAGUCAACACCAGAAGAGGGCGGCGGUAACUGUUGUUCUCUUAUGGUCGAUUGUGGUGAAUCGUGAUAUUGCAACAGAAUGCCGUGUGCUUAAACACGUUGAAUAUCGCUGCAAAGGCGACUGGUUCACAGUGAUUGAAGCGGACCUAGCUGCUGUUGGAAUACCGUCCGUAUGUCGGGGCUGAUUGGCCAGAGGGUGGAAAUUACGAGUGGAGACGUUGGAAGUAUCGCUCUUGAUGGCUGAUCGGAGGAGACCAACCAAAAAGCCCAUGGGAAGACCGUAACGAGUCGAUAAAUUGUUCAUUGGAAAUGAGACGGACGAUGGGAUUCGCUGCGUGGAUAACAUGUAACUAUUCAUCGAGACUUACCAGUUUUCUGGAAUAUUCGAAUGAAGACGAAGAUUUUGUACGGGAUAUUUGGUCUGGGGGUUGCAGUCGAACAUUCGGAACUAUUUAACUGCAGCUUCUAUUCCUUUGUGAACAUGUACAGUACAUGUCAUAAUUUCCUCCAAAUGAACCAACACAGCCCUUUCAUCAGGGUUCGGGAAGUCCCGAAAGAGACUGUCAAACCUAGAUAAUCUUCUUCAAUGAAUACAUAUAUUUUUAAGUGGCCGCCACCCCAAUGAGCCUAAUCAGCACCAAACAACACAUAAUCACCAUCAGCCCAGCAGUUGAAAACCAGAACUAUGGCACAAAUUAAAUAGAAAACAGAACAUAAAAGCCGCCAGAAUAUAUAACAUUAAAAAAAGGAAUGGGAGAAGAUGAUGAAGAUGAGCGCGUCUUCUUGUUUCCCGAGACACUAUGCUGUAUAAGUUGACGAUUGAUUAGUUUCAAUAACCAACAACGGAGGUUGGGCAAAAGAAUUAUUUAACGCCAAUUACAUCCAAAUGUCAAAGGCGGUUUACCUCGACGUGGCUUACUUGCAUGUGAAGGAAAUUCCUUCCUUUACCAUCCUUAAAGCCGGAGAGGAGCAGAAGCAGAUUGACAAACCCUGCUGACCGUUAGGUUCAAUCACCAAUAGCGCUUCAACACGCAGCAUUGCUGGCUGCGAGCCUUGCACAAAGAUGUCUGCAGCGCAUAGCCUUUUCUGACGCACCUCUACGUGUUCUGACUGCAGGAAGAGCUCUCCUUGCAGCUGGCUCUUGGGCCAGUGAGAUGUGCCACAAAACGAGGCGAAUUCCGUGUUACACUCGCGGAGUGGCUGCGAUUCACUUUAUUCAAAACCGGCGGCAUCAGGCGAAUUCUGAAUGCUAUAUUUUAUAUUCGGUUUGCUUCCACUUUCUUUUGGAAGCCUACAACUCCCUUUCUCUUGUUUCCUGCUCUUCUCCACUUUGCGCCAAAACACUAUGGUGUGAGUAAACGAUGCGAUGAUUUUGGAGUGCCGGCCGUCAGCGUCAGGGUAUCUUCACCUCACACACACGUCAAGCACUCAUGUCGACAAGAACCUCUGGGCCACGUCUAGACCCGUUGCCCGUUUCGUGGCACUCCACCUCCGAGGGACACCACGCCGCUCUAGGUGACGAUGGUGCUGCGUUGCCUGACCGCUUCUACCCCAAGGAGACCUCGCCAUUUGACCACGACUCUCAACCACCUGGUGACGAUGCUUGGAUAGCCCAGGAGCAACCACAAGAUACAUUCGCUUCAGAACCAUUUUGGCAUGCACUUACAGUUGAGGUUCGUCAAACAUCGCUUGACUCUGGUAAAAUAUACAAAAUCCAACCUCAACAAGACUAUGGCCGGCUUGGGUUUUUGGGGAAGAUCCCAAACUUCUCUCGACCUUUUCGCUCGCUGUCUUCAGCCCGGGGUAGAGACGAUACACAUUCUGAACCACAAGUCGUGAAGGAGAAGCCAAAAUCGCAGGAGAGCACCAAGCAUAUACCCCUGGCUGUGCAAGAACGGGAGAUUCUCCCAGUCCACUCUGAUUCUGAAGUCCAAGCUUUGGAUCACUUCCGGAACCAUAUUUCUAGCAGCACCUCAGACACGUCCGUGACACUACAAGGCCAUAUUGAAAAUCAUCACAAUUUAAUGCAACCAUGCGGUCAACCUCCGCCGGAAACGGGACGACGCCCAUCUAGCCCAUCCGCGAUCCCCAAUGAUUGUCCCGAUGACUACCCUAUUGGUCCAAGCAAUCUAACUCGUCCCCCAUCUCCUGAUAAUCCUGAGAGCCCUCCUCCUCCUGAGCCACCCCCCCGGGAGGAACGGCCGCACAAUUCUGCGUCCAGAACACUUAACAGAUUAAAGGGUCAUUUCCGCACAUCUCAUAACAAAACCUCCUCGAGAAAUUCCGAUAACUCAUCCACUCACACCCAACCCCAAACUACGGACAAAAUUCAAAACCCUGAAAACCGUUCAACAUCGUCAUGGUCAACAACCCUCAAGCAAGCCCUGAAUUAUCUUCCGCGACGGCAAAAAAGGGAAACAGGCCACGAACACAUACCUCGAGACCAGCAUGUUGAUUCAAAUUGCAGUAACCGGAGAAAUUCCACAAAAGAGCCACAUACAGGGAGAGUGAUCCGUGAUCAAAGCCCAUCGAUAAGGUCGAAAGCUCUCACAAGAGAGACCGAGUGCUCCACCUCAAAACCGCCCACAUCGAUUUUGUCCAAUGCCAGCUCUUCCUUCGAGAAGCCUCGCUUGCCUCUAAAAGUGGCAACAACUCCACUCACUACAGUUAAAGAGUUUCAUUGCACGUUUUGCCUGUUCGAAUGUCAGAAUAAAACAGACUGGCUCAAACAUGAACAAAGAUUCCACCUGGAGGACCUCGAAAAUUUCAGUCGAACUUCUAAACUUAAAGAAGCACGACGCGAUGAAAUCAGCUCAUCAGGCUCGCGGUGGAGCAGAGGUAAGAGUAGUCGCAGACUCCUAACUAAAUCACAACCUCAGUCAUCCAGCUCCUCGUCCCACAGCCAGCCUAGCGCACAGAGCACUGGAGGGAGUAUCUACUCCAGUCAACGCAACGAGCCGCAAGCAGCCGCGAACAUAUUCUGGACCUGCGGCUUUUGUGACGAACUCCUGCGCUCCUGGGAAGACCGACAGGCCCAUCUUGCCGAGCACUUCAGCAACGGCCAGACCAUGCGAAUGUGGGAUCCCAUGAAAUCGCCAUUCCCAUGGCGCAAAGGCUCAGCCGGAACUGUUGAUGCCCCGUCAUACUGGGACUUGCCGUCGCUACUCACGCUACAGCGCCCCACGCUGCAAGAUUCCAUAAAUCAGAUCGGAACAUCACCCAACCAGCGGGCAACAACAGCGAAGCCCUGUAAAGACUGCCAGGUGCCGCACCCCAGCCUCGACCAUUACGACCUCUGGCACCAACCCAGGAACACCUACACCUGUCCCCAAAUCACCGAUUAUACAAACCUAGCAGAUUUCUUCGACGAGGACGAAGACGAAACUGGGGAGCUGGUUGUGGACUGGUGCAAUGCUUGUGAGGAGAGGCUCGACAGACCCCAUUAUCUCGACAGGGACGUGCGCAUGCACCACCUCUGGGAUUUCCAUGGCUUCGGUGAUUGUGUGGGUUGGCAUGAUUGUCUGGAUGAGGGCCAGUUUGUGUUGCAUCUGGCGAAUGCCCAUGCUGUUAAUAUUGAGUAUAUCAAGGGGCUUGUUCGCAGGUGUACCAGAGUCAGGGAUGCGCCGGUAACGAUGGUGGUGGGCAGGGGCCGCUCAUGGGAUGAAAGGUGGUCGAGUGCGUGAGAGAAAACUGACUGAUUUCAAUCUUACAUCGGUCACCCUCCUGAUGAAGCCGUGUUUAUUUUUAUUUAUUUUUAUUUUAUUUUUAAUUCUUUUGCAUAAGUGUGGCGUUGGGUGGGCGGUACAUUUCUAUUAAAUGUGGUAGCUCUUUUCUUUGAGUUUUCUCUCUGCAUAAUAUACCCAUUCCGCAGUU